GUAGUGUAUAUAUCUCCCGUAAUAUAUGUGUUCUACGGCUUCAUAAUUUACGGCUACAUAUAAAAUACCUACAUCACACACACAUACAUCACACACACACACACACCUUGCCGUCUAUGGCCUUGUCCCCUAGUACUCCGUACCUACAUAUCGCCCACCCUGUACGCACGUAUACGAACCCUCCGUUCGCGCCGUCAAACGUCCCACAUAGCACGCGCGCACGCCUGUGCGUAGGUACCGACACCCACCAGCAGAGCUGCCUUGCCAAGAGCCGCCUCUCGGGGGGUGGGAGGGGAACCACAGGUAGCACGUACCUGACUGUAGGUAUGGAUGGACCUAGCAGCCGCACUGGCAGUCCGGAGAGAGAGAGAGAGGAAGGGGGGGCGUUUGUCCAGACCGGCGAAGCUUCGGCCGCCGGCGUGGUAAUCGAAUCGAUCCAUACCCACGCCUCACUCACUCACUCACUCACUCACUCUCCUGCAUUACUACCGCAGGCCGUCGGCGUCGCCGAUUCGCUGGCUCCCGCCCCCCGUGUACCGCAGGGCAGCAAUGGCGGGUGGCGAUUUAUCGUCUCAUCUUCACGAUGCAAAGAGGGAGAGAGAAAAAAGAAAGGGGAAGUGGGGGAAGAAGAAGGAGGGGGGGGGAGGACGGAAGGAAGGAAAGGAAGAAAAAAAAGCAAAGCGGAAGAGGGAAAAAAAAAUUUCUUGGGCUCGAGCCGGCAGACGAAUGGAUGUGAUGGCCUUCUCGCCUCCCGCUCAUCCUCGACGCAGGCCGACGCAACUGGUUAGAUGUUCCACGGCCAAGUAGCAGUAGGCUAUCUCA